ACCUGUCUAUUUCUCCAUCUUCACACUGAUUUCUUCAGAUAUGUUGGAAUGGUACAAAGAAGGGCUUAGCAGAAUAAAGUCAGACAUGGAACCGAACCUUGAGUACGAUACUAAGGAUACUGGAAAUAUGCUGGAAACCUCACGUGCUUGGCAAGAUUAUGUAUCAGGAACGGCCAGAAGUUACGACCCCCUCACGUUAAGUAACUACUCGCGGUCGUCUUGCAAUCCAGCCGCAGGGAUGCAAUCGCACAUGACCUCGCAUUCCACCAACGGAGCUUCGACAGGUCUUAUCUCACCAGGAGUAUCGGUACCAAUACAGGUGCCGGGUGGAGGUCCACAAGAUAUGAGCACGCAUCACAUGACUUCCAUGACGUCACAAUACUGGCCACGCCUACAGUGAACGGCGAAAUACAAGAAUCAUUUUUCCCCACAACCCCCGCCGCCCUCAUUGUCUCCCUAACUCUCCGAAUUCCCCCCCACCAUUCUCUCCACCGCCAUAUACACAAUUUUUUCUCCCAUGACUCCCUCUCCGAUUUUCCUCCACUUCAAAAUAAACAAGUAUGAUGAUGGUAAUGAUAAUAAGAAGAAAACUGAGAUACGCUGGAAAUGAAGGAACUUUGUGUAACACUGACAACAACAAAAACAGAAGUAAUAACGAGAAUUAAACAAGAAGAAGAGGAACAACUAUUAUUAUUAUUACCAUUGACACUACUGCUUCCACUGCAACCGUUUAAAACGAAAUGAAUAUCCAACGGCACACACUAACAAAGUUACAACAAACAUUUUAUACUGGGAGUUGCGUAACACAACAUAAUGCAACAUAAUAUGAGAUAUAUUACAAACAACACGAAUGAAACGAUUAUGCACAGUAACAACAGCAACAAAACAUUAAUUGAACACACAAUAUGUAA